UUUUAAGGGUUUUAUGUAAUAUCCUUGUAAAAGGAUAUGGGAUGGCUAGUAGUAAAUAAAGCUAUACCAGUCCAGACUAUGCUAUAGACCAGUACAGGCUAUGUUAUGUGCCUCAUGUCUGCAGGCCAUGCAGGGCUCCAUUUCGACUGGAAUGAGGUCACCAAACAGAAGAAAAGCCAAACUAUACCAAUGUUUGUCUACUGGUGUGAGCAGAAGGAGGUAGACAAUUACAAGUGAGAUCAAAUACCCAGGCGAAGUCAUUAUAACCUACAUGUGCUUAAGUUUCAUCCAACAAACCAGGCCUGUUCUUUGAGAGGCUUUUGGGGUUGGAUGUGCCCUCCAUUUCUGGUGUGUUUAGUAGGCUAUGAGAUACCCCCUCCAUAUUUCGAUCGUUUUUUUUUUUUAGUAUAGCGUCUUGAAAAUAUCCAAAUUAAGUCACACUUGGCUCCCGCCGGGCACCGAGAUCCGACAAGACAAGCGGGACAGGCAUGCCCGAGCCCAGCAACGGGGCUCGCGAGUCGCGACCAGAUAAAAGGACGCUCUGCUUCAAAAACUUGGUCUGGAUGAAGUUCCGAAUAUUCACAAGCGGGAUUUGGAGAACAUGGUUAUCCCGACCCAUAUUAAAAACAAGUACGCUUCCAUGUUGAAGCUGCACCAUAGCAGGCGGCGCAGAUCUCUGCCUAGUUUGGCGGGCAUCCUGAGGGGCAUCCCUGGAAAUGCAGAUAUAUCUGGGGAGUAUCUGUACUCGGACACGACUCGGCAAAGGAUAGCGUUCGAAAUGGAAGCGAGAAUUCCAGUUAACAGCGAAGUGACCAUGGCUGAGUUAAAACUGUAUCAGAAAGCUACCCAUCACAAGCGCUCAAUGAACGAGAAGAAAAAUUACCGUCCAGUCAACAACGCUCGGGUCAGCAUCUACUGGGUUGAAAUGCUAGAGAACGGAUCCAACAGAAGCUCACUGGUGGACUCUCGAUUGAUUUCCAUUCACGAGACGGGCUGGAAAAGCUUUGAUGUGACCCAGGCCGUGCACUAUUGGUCGAUGACGCAGCAGAACACACCUAUGCACAUGGAGGUGUGGGUCGAGGGCGAGAGACCUGGCAGCUACGCGGCAGAAAUGGCCAAGAGUGUCCACUUUACCACCCAGGACCAGACGGCCAACACCCUGGGGAAACCGGAGCUAGUUCUCUACACACUCAACCUCGAAGAGUUUGGAUCUCGAGGCGACUGUGAUUCCAAUCCAAACAAGGAGUCGUGCUGCAGAGAUAAAUACUUCAUCAACUUCCGCGCACUCACCUGGACCCAGUAUUGGAUCAUUGAACCCACGGGCUACCAGGCUUACAAGUGCGCUGGAGGAUGCAAGCAACCCAAACGCAACUAUGGCUAUGGGGAGAGAAAAUGUACUAUUGCAGAAAGCGCACCACUGCCGAUGAUGUAUCUGGUCAAGAAAGGCGACUACACAGAGAUUGAAGUUGCCGAAUUCCCCAACAUGAUCGUCGAGAAAUGUGCAUGUACAAUGGACAAUGUAUCGAUAGUUUGAACUCAUAUUUCCAGAUUUAAAAAUGUAGAUCCUACAAAUGACUUCCAGUACUUUUAUACUAAAAUAUGUUAUUCUCAGGGAGUUGGACCGAAGAUGCUGUAUUUCAACUCUGUACCCACAAGCACUUUAUAUCAAAUGUUCUAUAGGCUACUUAACUAUUGAGUUUACAGUGUUACAAUCCUUUUGUAUUAAGUUUUAUAGUAUGAAGUAGCGGCAGUCAGAGACAUUUGGUCUCAGGUGUUUUUAGAUGUAAAUAGUUUGGUUGAAUGAUAUAUUUUAUG